AUGGCUUUAAUUAACUUAUUUCUAGGUGACUUAUUUGACGAAGGAAAAUGGUGCAAGCCAAGUGAGUUUGCUGAAUAUGUUCAAAGGUUCCAUGACCUCUUUCGAACUCCUGAAGAAACACAUGUUCUUGUAGCUGUUGGGAAUCAUGAUAUUGGUUUCCACUACAGCCUGAAUCCAUACCUGGUGAACCGCUUCGAAGCCGUUUUUGCCACUGGGCUAGUGGCUCUGAAGCAGAUAAAGGGAGUCACCUUUGUCACCAUUAACAGCAUGGCCUUGGAGGGGGACGAGUGCUUUUUAUGUAAGCCUGCCUCAGACAAAAUAAAAAUCAUUGGACGACAGCUCAGGUGUGCUGCUGGUGAUAUGGCAGCCUGUCAGUACUGGAAGAGUUCACAAUUGCAACAGUAUAGUCAGCCUGUCAUAUUACAACAUUAUCCACUUUACCGUGAAUCAGAUAGCAUCUGUAGUGAGGUGGAUGAAGCGCCUGAAGACAUCAAACACUUACUGUUCAGAGAACGCUGGGAAUGCAUAUCUAGGGAUGCAACAGAAACUCUCUUUGAAGAACUCUCCCCGAGAUUGGUUCUCAGUGGCCACACUCACCAUGGCUGCCAUGUGAAGCACAACACGAGUAAAGGAACAACAGUUGAUGAAUACACAGUUCCAUCCUUCUCGUGGCGAAACAAAGAAAAUCCGACUUUUUCUAUGUUAACAAUAACUUCCAACAACUUCAGCAUUUACAAGUGCCAAAUGCCAAAAGAAAACACAGUCAUUGCUAUCUACGCUUUUUCUGCUAUAUUUCUUGUGUUGUGGAUUGCUGCAAAGAUUGUGAAGACACGUGGCAUUCUUUACACUAAGGUUGAGGGUCAUAUUGAUUGACCCUCAGGGAAUGGAGUGUUAGUUAUAUCUUCUCUUUGACAGAGUUGAUAGUGGAGGAAGAUUUUUUUUUUUUUUUCUUCUUUCUUUUUUUUUGUACAUAUAUUUAUUGUUAUUGAUAUUAUUUUCAUUAUUAUUAUUAUUAUUAUUAUUAUUAUUAUUAUUAUUAUUGUUAUUAUUGUUGCUAUUAUUAUUGCUAUCACUAUUACUAUUGGUGAUAUUGUUAUUAUUUGUAUGUAUAUUUAUGUAUUCAGUGAUAAUUUGCAGUCCUAUAGUAGUAUGAUAUAUCGUGUUCAGUAUUAGUCGCUAAAUAAUUCUUAAGGUUAGUUAUGUUGCUUGUUAAGCAGAUGCUAUGUCAUUCAUUCAUCAGGUAGACUGAAGUUGCUGAGAUGGAAAAGAGGUAGAUUGAGGUUGCUGAGAUGGAAUGAGAAAGUACUUUGAUGUAUAUUUAUGGCACAUUUAUUUAUAUGUACUCUAUUGUUUAUCAUGUAUUUAUGUGCAUUUUUAGAGAUAUUAAAGUGUAAUAAUCACAGAGAAGUAAUAAAAACAAGAACCACA